AUGUUGUGGUCCUCUCUUUUCUUGGCGGCUUUGGCUGCUGGCGGUAAUGCACAAGAGGAGCAGGUUAGUGCUUCUGCAUUGGCAUCCGCCGAACGCACUGGCGGCUCGAUYUUGCAGAAGCUCUACUCUUUGAAGCUACAGGCCUCCAUUAAAGAGUCUGCUCUCAAGAAGAAAGCGAAGGAGCUGGAGAAGGCGGCUUAUAGCACACCUGAGCGAAACCGUGUGUUUGGCUCUCCAGGGCAUGAAAACACACUGCAGUUCAUUGAAGGCUAUCUCAAGCAAGCUGGAGACUACUGGACCUACAAGAGACAGGAGUUCACUGAGCUGUAUGCCGAGGGCUCUGGUAGCUUCACCGUGGGAGACAUCGACUAUGACCUUGGCGUUUUCACCUACUCCACGUCAACAUCAGAGGAGGGUGUGACUGCUCCCAUCGUCGCGGUAGCGAACAUAGGCUGUGAUGCAGCGGACUACCCAGCAGAAGUGAGCGGCGCCAUUGCUCUCAUCUCCCGUGGGACUUGUCCAUUCGCAGACAAAGCCACCCUUGCUAAAGCUGCUGGCGCCGUCGGAGCUGUGAUCUACAACAACAUCGAAGGAACCAUUGCUGGUACACUCGGAGGAGCCGGAGACUACGCCCCUACUGGAGGUAUUUCGUUGGCAAACGGGACCGCUAUUCGUGACGCUCUCCCUCUUGAUGGCACUCUCCAAAUCACCAGUGUGGUUGAAAACCGCACGACAUACAACAUCAUUGCUGACAGCAAGUUUGGCGACAAGAACAAUGUUGUUGUCGUCGGUGCACACUCGGACUCCGUGCAGGCUGGGCCUGGAAUCAACGAUGAUGGAAGUGGCACUAUCGGUAUUCUUGAGACUGCGAUGCAGCUGUCCAAGUACAAGUACCGCCUCAAGAACGCUCUCCGUGUUUGCUUCUGGUCUGCCGAAGAAUUCGGCCUACUAGGAUCGGAGUACUAUGUGGCCUCCUUAUCGGAAGAAGAGAGGGACAAGAUCAGACUUUACCUCAACUUCGACAUGAUCGCCAGCCCCAACUGGCAGUACGCACUCUACGAUGGCGAUGGUUCCAAGUUCAACCUUACUGGACCUCCUGGAUCUGACAACAUCGAGCACUUCUUCCAGGACUACUUCAGAGCCAAGAACAUCCCGACCAAGGAUUCUGAAUUCAACGGAAGAUCCGACUAUGGUCCAUUCAUCGCAGAAGGGGUGAACAUUCCUGCUGGUGGUAUCUUCACCGGUGCUGAGGCCAUCAAGACCGAGGAAGAGGCUGCCUGGUGGGGAGGUGAGGCUGGAGUGGCAUACGAUGUCAACUACCAUCUCGUGGGUGACGACUAUAACAACCUGGCUUGGCAACCUUUCCUCUUAAACACAAAAGCGAUCGCGGCUUCAGUCAUCAGGUACACCAUGGAUCUCUCGGGAAUCCCACGUAGGAAUUCUGGCGGCAAGAUCAAGACUAGAGGCAAAGACCUGCACCCGCACGCGAAGAAGAACGCGGUGCAUAGCCACUCUCACCAGCCCGGUCUGCAGUGUGGCUCUGAGCCAAAGGAAUCGAUCUAG